AUGACGGUAGACGGCAGCGACAGGUCGAGCAAGAGGAGGAGGCUGGAGGGAUCAGACAAGACGAGAGAGGAAGGAGGAGAGGGAGGCGACGACAAUGCAGACAUAGAGAAGCGAGUGAAGAAAAGAGCGAAAGUAUGCGAGCACGGGCGGCAGCAAUCAAAAUGCAAGGGAUGCGGGGGCGGCAGCAUAUGCGAGCACGGGCGGGUCCGAUCACAAUGCAAGGGAUGCGGGGGCGGGAGCAUAUGCGAGCACGGGCGGCAGAGAUCACAAUGCAAGGAGUGCGGGGGCAGGAGCAUAUGCGAGCACGGGCGGGUCCGAUCACAAUGCAAGGGAUGCUGGGGCGGGAGCAUAUGCGAGCACGGGCGGCAGCGAUCGAAAUGCAAGGGAUGCGGGGGCAGGAGCAUAUGCGAGCACGGGCGGGUCCGAUCGAGAUGCAAGGACUGCGGGGGCAGGAGCAUAUGCGAGCACGGGCGGCGGCGAUCGGAAUGCAAGGAGUGCGGGGGCAGGAGCACAUGCGAGCACGGGCGGGUCCGAUCGGGAUGCAAGGGAUGCGGGGGCAGCAGCAUAUGCGAGCACGGGCGGCAGCGAUCAAGAUGCAAGGAGUGUGGGGGCAGGAGCAUAUGCGAGCACGGGCGGGUCCGAACGCAAUGCAAGGACUGCGGGGGCAGCAGCAUAUGCGAGCACGGGCUGCAGCGAUCGAAAUGCAAGGGGUGCGGGGGCAGCAGCAUAUGCGAGCACGGGCGGGUCCGAUCGGUGUGCAAGGAGUGUGGGGGCAGCAGCAUAUGCGAGCACGGGCGGGUCCGAUCACAAUGCAAGGGAUGCGGGGGCGGGAGCAUAUGCCAGCACGGGCGGGUCCGAUCGGGAUGCAAGGGAUGCGGAGGCGGCAGCAUAUGCGAGCACGGGCGGGUCCGAUCGAGAUGCAAGAGAUGCGGGGGAGGGAGCAGCAGGUACAGACAGGCGAGGAGCUGA